GGACUGGAGAGUCUACACUGUACACUGAAAACUCUCAGGCUGAGUGGCUGUCAGAUGUCAGAGAGAUGCUGUGAAGCUCUGGCCUCAGUUCUCAGCUCCAACUCCUCUAGUCUGAGAGAGCUGGACCUGAGCAACAAUGAUCUGCAGGAUUUAGGAGUGAGGCUGCUCUCUGCUGGACUGGGGAGUCCACACUGUACACUGGAAACUCUCAGAUUGUCUGGCUGCCAGAUCACACAGGAAGGCUGCGCUUUUCUGGCCUCAUCUCUGAGCUCCAACCCCUCCCAUCUGACAGAGCUGGACCUGAGCUACAAUCACCCAGGAGACUCAGGAGCUGCGCUGCUCUCUGCUGGACUGGAGGAUCCACACUGGAAACUGGACAAUCUCAGUGUGGAGCACGGUGGAGUGUGGAGAGUGAAACCAGCUCUAAAGAAGUGUAAGUGUCUGUUUGAUUCAUCACAACACACACUGACUAUUGAGAGGGAAAGUCCAUCCACACAGCAGGAGGUGACGUCUGUUCAUUCAGAUAUCUGGGAAUGA